AUGGUCUGGUGUCCAAGUGGAGUUGCACCCCCUGGUCCAAAUCCCACAAGAAAAACUCAGGCAAAAUACACAGGUUUACUUGAAGGAACUCAGAAGUUAGAAAGCAGCUUGCACCAUCAUCUGAUCGAGCACUUGAAUGCCGAGAUCGUCCUUAAUACAAUCACGGACGUGUCCAUCGCCUUGGAAUGGUUGAAGUCCACUUUCCUAUAUAUAAGGAUAUUAAAAAAUCCUACGCAUUAUGGGAUACCCGAGGGACUUGAGAAAAAAAGUUUGGAACAAAAGCUACAAGACAUUUGCUUGAAGAGCCUGAACACACUGGAAAAGGCCGGGCUUAUAAAAAUGGAUGACGGAUUUGAUCUCAAGCCCACUGGAACGACAGCUUGCUCGUUCACGUUAGGCUUGACAUUACGUGAACGUUUUACCUCCUCAGGUUUGACAGAGCUUCAAAUGUUGAAGAACGAUUUCACGUCACUGCAAAACUCAGUCACUCUUGCAAAGUGUAUGAAAGCCAGAUUAUGGGAGAAUUCCAAGUUUGUUUCAAAGCAACUGGAAAAAGUCGGACCUUCUUUAUCCACAAUGAUGGUCAACGCUGGAUUGAUAACCUUUAAGAAAAUCGAAGAGACAAAUCCUCGAGAAAUCGAAAUGAUCGUGAACCGUCAUCCACCUUUUGGAAGCCAGAUUCGUGAAUCAGCUUCGAGUCUGCCCAAGUAUGAGCUGUCUGUUCAACAGACUGGAAGACACCAGCCUAACCGAGCAGAGAUAGUGAUCAAUCUAACCAUGACGAACUACAUCAAACGAAGAGACGUCAUUGGCUCAGGACGGAACAAUCACUUUUGUCUUGUGUUGAUUUCUGAUGCUGAUAACAAAGUGGUAUUCAAACAGAGAUUAAGUGACGCUGUGUUCAUGAAGGAGGGUUGCUGGAGUAAACGAGUGGAUGUACAGCGGGCAGCCGUUAAGUCCUCAGCACUCAAUAUACACCUCAUCAGUCAAGAACACGUUGGUCUGGACGUGAGUAAAAUCUUCUCACCUCACUACACUGGCGUUGGGCCCUAUAUUGUCGUGAGUAGAAUAACUAUCAAUCUUUAUAUUAGAGACAAUAUAACGUCUCUACUAACAACUGUCUUCGGAUGCAUUUUUGUUGUUUUUGUUGUGGUCGUGGUCGUUAUUGCUGUUUUUGUUGUUACAAAUUUCAAUUUCUGUUUUACGACAGUUCGAUUGUCAUUUAGUGGGUGUGGUUUUCUAUUUGUAUAACAGACGAAAAGAGAACCAUCGGCAAUUACUCCUAAAAUCGUGAAAGGUAUUGCAACCAAUUCAGGUGAGUUUAA